GCGGCGGCGGCGGCGGGCAGGGCCCGAGGCCGCAGCGGGGACAGCGAGGGGACAACGAGGGGACAGCGAGGCGACAGCGGCCGGAUUCAUCCCACGGCGUCUUCCCAGGAAGAGAAAAAAACCCCGGGAAUCGUCAAACAAGGAAAAAAAUCCACCCAACCAUCGGAUCCGCCGGGAAUCCCACCCUCGGACGGGAAUUAAAAACAACGGGAAAUGCUCCCAAAACCCCGAUCCUCUCCCGAUCCCGACGAAACCCUCGGGAUAGAGGGAUAAAAACCCGCCGGGAACCGGCGGGGGUGAUGCUCCCGGCCCUCAUUCCCGAGGUUUUCCCGGGAAUUGCCGGAUCAUGGCGGAGCACCAGGAGCUGCUGGCGGAGAUGCCGGCGGUUUCCCGGCUCAGCACCCCGGAGCGGCUCCGGCACGCGCAGAAACGCCGGGCGCAGCAGCUGCGCAAGUGGGCGCAGGCGGAGAAGGAAACGCCGGGAAUGGGAGCGGGAAGCGAGCGGAGGAGGAGGAGGAGGAGGAAAAGCGGGAAGAGGGUGACGUUCCCGGCCAGCGUCCGGCUCCUGGAAGCGGCGGCGCGGCGCGACGCCGAGGAAGUCCGGCAGUUCCUGGAGAGCGGGAUCAGCCCCGACCUGUGCAACGAGGACGGGCUGACGGCGCUGCACCAGAGCUGCAUCGACGACUCGCUCCCGCUGGUCCGGCUGCUCCUGGAUUCCGGCGCCGACGUCAACGCGCGCGACGCCGAGCUCUGGACGCCGCUGCACGCCGCCGCCACCUGCGGCCACCUGGGGCUGGUGCAGCUCCUGCUCCAACGCGGUGCGGACCUGCUGGCGGUGAAUUCCGACGGGAAUUUGCCGUACGAUCUGUGCGAGGACGAGGCCACCCUGGACUGCCUGGAGAGCGCCAUGGCCGACAGAGGGAUCACGCAGGAGCGGAUCGAGGCGGCGCGGGCGGCCACCGAGCGCUCGAUCUGCACGUGGUGGCAGCUCACGCUGCACGUGGCGGCGGCUCACGGUUUCCUGGAGGCGGCCGAGCUGCUGCUGGAGCACCGCGCCCGCCCCGACAGCCGCGACGACGACGGCUGGGAACCGCUGCACGCCGCCGCCUGCUGGGGACAGCUGCCGCUGGCCGAGCUCCUGGUCGCCCACGGCGCCGACCUGGGAGCCAAAUCCGCCCUGGACGAGACGCCCCUGG